UGAGUGACAGAAAUCCAGAGCGGGAGGAAAAGGCUUCCCGGGGACGCAGGUUUUUGCCGGCGCUCCGGGUCUGUUUCGUGUUUCUUCGGGUGUUUCCGCCGCUCAGGCCCCAUGUCUUCGGUGCAGGUGCUUUAUCCCCCGAAGCUCCACCACAACGUCCUGGGCCCAACCUUCCCUAAGGAUGACGUGACUCCCGGGAAGGCGACCUUGGAGACACGUUACCGCUUGGGAGCCUUGAUCGGGAGUGGUGGCUUCGGCACUGUCUAUGCCGGCACACGGCUCUGCGAUUCUCUCCCGGUGGCCAUUAAAUAUGUCGCGAAGGAGCGGGUUUUGCAGUUCCAGCAUAUGAAUGGCAGCCUUGUUCCACUGGAAGUCGCUCUGAUGAAGAAAGUGUCCUCCCCGGGUUGCCGAGGCAUUAUCCGCCUCCUGGAUUGGUUUGAACAGCCUGACUCCUACUUCAUUGUGAUGGAACGCCCUUUGGUGUCUCAGGACCUGUUUGACGUCAUCACAGACCGGGGCCCGCUCCCGGAGAGCGUGGCCGCCAGCUAUUUCCGGCAGGUGGUGGAGGCCGUGCACCAUUGCCACAUGUGUGGCGUACUGCAUCGGGACAUAAAGGAUGAGAACAUCCUGGUGGACCUUCUACAUGGUGACCUGAAGCUUAUAGACUUUGGCUCGGGGGCAUUGCUCCGGGAUUCUCCAUACACUGAUUUUGAUGGCACACGAGUAUACAGUCCCCCUGAAUGGAUAAAAUACCACCGGUAUCACGGCUUGCCUGCCACUGUAUGGUCACUGGGUGUGCUGCUGUAUGAUAUGGUGUGCGGGGACAUCCCUUUUGAGCGGGAUGAAGAGAUCCUCCUUGGAAAACUCCACUAUCACUGCAGGCUAUCCUCAGACUGUCGUCACUUGAUCGAGUGGUGCCUCUCACUCGCCCCAGAGAAGCGGCCUUCCUUGGAGCAAAUCCUGGCCCAUCCCUGGCUCCUCGCCUACCUGGAGCAGAGCGGACGCAAAGGGCCUCAGCAGCCCACGGGGCCCAAAGCGGGCACCAGCCUGUGACUAUGGUGGCCUUUGGACAGCACUGGGAGGAGGAGCUGCCCCAGAGCGGAUGGGGACACCUCUGCUUCUCCUGCAACAAAAGACUGAUGCGGUCGCUGUCUCUUAUUCCUGCUGAUGAACUGAGCGGCUGCCCCUGGCCUCACUACCGGGGGUGGCUUGUCAAACCCACAUGACCGUUGACAACCUCAUUAGACAAUGGGGCUGGCAUUCCAGUCCCUAGCCAAGACAGUAGAGACCAAUGGGUGCCUUUCUGUUCACACAAGGACUUUUUUUGCGUGCCCACCUCCUCUUCUCCCUUCUAUGUUGGUAAGGAGCAGAAGAUUAACACAACGCAAGCCGUGUUUCAAGGCUCCUGGUGCCAGCUUCCUCUUGUAUGCCUUGAUCAGUAUUGGAGCUGCCUCAGGACCUCCCGGAGGCAGGAGGAUUAGAUUUACGUUUUAAUGCAGUGUGGAUAUGGUGCUGUCUCUGCCGGUGCCAGCUUGUUAUUUAUUUAGGGGGGAACGAACUUACGGGAGCCCUUGCUGCUUCAUGUCAUGUUAAUUCACAGUAUAUACAUGCUGUAGUUUUGAUGGUUAGAAAUGUUUUCUCCAGUCCAGCCAGAAAGUGACUACUGUAAUAUAGAGGCAGGGAAGCUUCAGUACAUCAGAUCUGAAUGAAUUACUAGCCCACCUUUGACUGGGCAGAUGGAAAUGGAAGCUUAACCACAUCUAGAGAAUCACAAUCCUUUUUUAGCCCUAUGGUAACCUGUCCUGAACAUCUCCCCUCCUCGCCCUGCAUUUCCAUUCCUGUUCAGCCAUUCCAAGUCUGAACCCAGCUUUCAGUACUUUCCCUGGUGGGGUCUUUCUUCAUUCUUGCGUUUUCACAAGUUGAAGGAAAUGAAAAGCAAAACAAAGAGGCUCUAAUCUCAUUAAAGAGAUAAUACAUUAAAGAAGUACACGUUUUUUUUAAUUGAAUGUUGUGGGGUGGAGAUAGAAUAUCCCAGGCUUCUGGCCUCUUCAGUUCAGAAAUGGACCUCAGUUUUAUAUGUAAGCUCUAUUUAGUGUGGGAAGAAGGGAAGAUUGUGGGAGGUGUGUGCCCUACUGCAUAUUUAACUCCCAUACAUGUCAGCCAGGUCUUCCCAAGAAGCCCAGUGUGGGAGGAGUGCCAAAGGUUUCCCAAUCUUGCCUUGAGCCAUCUCAAAUAACUUAAGAGUAUGGGUUGCGGUGAGUCUUCCAGGCUGUAUGGCCAUGUUCCAAAAGCAAUUCUCUCCUGAUGUUUUACCCACAUCUAUGGCAGGCAUCCUCACAACCUCUGAGGAUGCUUGCCACAGAUGUGGGCGAAACGUCAGGAGAGAAUGCUCCUGGAACAUGGCCAUGCAGCCUGGAAAACUCACAGCAACCCAGUGAUUCUGGCCAUGAAAGCCUUCAACAACACAUUAACUAAGAGUAUUCUUGACAAGGAGUCGAGCUGCAUGAUUGACUCUGUACCUAUCAUUUCUUAACUUGCCAAGUUUAGGAGUGGGAAGGACAGCCCUUCUCUGAGUUAGUGUAUCCCUUCCAACUAUCAGAGAAGACCUGGCUUCAUGGGGAGCUAUUUCAACCUUGGCUAACCAAAGGAGAGACACAUGCUGUUCUUUAGACAGAAUUAACAUGUCAUCAGUACAGCACUGUGGUCUGCAAACUGGUGAGCUGUGGUAGCCAACCAAAAUACGUGCUUGCCAGGAGCCUGCCAGCCAUGGAGUAGAAGGACGUCUCUUUCAUAUCAUAGUAUAGUGAGAGUAUAUAGGAGUAGGGGCAUCUUGCUCUCUUCGACAGAUCCUUGUUGAGCUGGGAAAAUGAAUUAUUUAUGUCUCAAUGUGACAUCCACAAGGAUCUUCACACUUCCUUGGGAUUUGGUUUUCCUUGAUGUUGCCCUGGCUAGGACUUGCCAAGAAGGUGAUCUGGCAAGCACAUUUGUGUUUGAUUGCAGCCUUCAGACUUCAUUUCUGGGUAUUGAAGUAAAAAUCCCCAAGUCCUACCUUAUGCUUCCACCAAGCUAAGACCCUACUGCAUUCAAUCCAUCUUAAAAUUCCUAGCAGUUUAAUAUUAGCUUUCUGGCAUUGACUCUUAAGACAUAAACAGAACACUAGCCAAGAGAAACUGGGGCAAGGGAGGUGAAGGAGGGCAGAAGAAUUCAAAUCCAGUAGAGCAUCAGAUGGUUAUCAUGCGGCCUCUGGCAACGUAACCAAGGAGGACUACUAUGCCAAUUCUGGUUUGAUCUUAUAUUUGUGGAUUUGAGUGUGUGUUUAUGUUUAGUAUUGUAUCCCAUGCACAUUAGUGCAACCACAUAACGCAGUGCCUCGCCCACUUGGGCUCCAGCAUCUACAACAACCCUUUCUGGGAUUAAAUAAACUUUUAUAAGAAAGAAA